AUGGACGUUUUACGUCCUCCUCUCAUUAAUAUAAAUGGAAGAAUAUACCGAAGAAAUGUCAUUCAAGAAGAACAGUAUGAGGAGGAAGAAGAUUUCUCCUACAUGGGACCACCAGAGAGCGAGGAGCUGGAGGCAGAGACCUGUGAUAUUCACUGCAUUGAACAGACUGACAAAGGAUUCCGUUGUGCCAUCGACGUGCCAACUGUCCUUUACAAAUACAUCAUUGGAAAAAAGGGAGAAACGCGUAAACGCCUCGAGUCCGACACAAAGACAUCCAUUAACAUCCCCAAGCAAGGAGUGGAAGGACAGAUAGUCGUCACUGGGCCGCACAAAGCUGCAGUCUCCUCCGCCAUCACAAGAAUCGAGGUGCUUGUUGACAACUUUCGGAAGAAGCAGCCUUUCACGCACUUCCUUUCGUUUCCUCUCAAUGACCCAAAAAUCCAAGAGGGAUUCCUGAGGUUUAAAGAUGAAGUCCUUGAGCAAUAUUCACAGAACAACGGCUUAGAUGAAAGCAUCUUUCAGAACCCAGCAAAACUUCACAUGACAGUCGGCACCCUCACUCUAUUGGACGAGUCGGAAGUGAGAAAAGCAUGCGAGCACCUCCGGGAAUGUCAAAACUUCAUCAGAGACAUCACUGGAGGGAAUCCUCUGCCUUUACAAGUGGUGGGAAUUGAAUAUAUGAACGAUGACCCCGCCAUGGUGGACGUCCUGUACGCCAAAGUCAACAUGAAAGACGGCUCUGAUAAGUUGCAGGUGAUUGCCGAUCGCCUGGUGGAGUAUUUUGUCUCUGUGGGACAGAUGACAAAAGAGUGGGAUAGAGUCAAACUACACGGGACUGUGAUGAACACCCUGUUCAGAAAAGGCACUACAGUGGAAGAAACCAGUGGGUCAGGAAGACGAGGGACAAAUGAACGAGAGGCGUUUGAUGCGAGAAACAUAUUAAAGGCAUUUGGAGCUUAUCGUUUCGGAGAACUGGAUCUGAACACAGUAUCACUCUCUCAGCGAUACUCAGCCGACUGCACAGGGUACUACGCCUCUGCAGGAAGUGUCAGCUUUUCCUGA